CUCAGACGCGAUCCGACUUGUGGUCUGAUUUUUUUUGUAUCUCUCUUUCUCUGGAGAAGUUUUCCACGAUCUGCAGUAUGCUGAUGAACAGGUUUGCCCCCGUCGUGCUCGUGUUGGUGGCGGUGACGUGGUCUCGGGCCGCUGCCGGGCCGGUCUGGCCAGGGUCGGCGGGCUCAGGACCCCGGGCCGCCCGAGAGGUCCGCCGCGACGCCACGGUCCCAGACGGACUCUACAGCCCAGAGCGCAUAGGUGACGUCACGAACAAGAUGAUGGACUGGGCCAUCAUCCGGGAACUUAUCAUGUCAGAGGUCAACACCGCCCUGAGGGAAUCGUCCGCAGCACGUGACCUGAUCCGGUCAGAGGUCAACAAGAGUCUGAGGGAAACGUCGAGAAUGACGAAAAGCCUGGCGGAGUCUCUGGUGUCCAUGUUACAGGACGGCGAGGAGGAGAGGGAAGUUCGCCGCACAGACUCAGGCCACCCUCCCCUGACGUUCCCAAGACUGGGAUAGACCUAUGAUUGCCGUGACGAGCUGCAGAAAGGACAACCUUUACGACCACCGAGCCUGCGGAAGAUUGAUUGAUUGAUUGGUUUAUUGAUUAAUUGAUUGAUUGAUUGAUUGAUUGAUUGAUUGACACUCCAGUGAAGUCUUUCAACAGAGAAAAGUUGUUACAGCAUUAUAUAGUCAGUUAUACAUGUAGGUGCCGGUGUAUUUUGUCAGUGUUGCACCCAAAGUCAAUAGUAGUUUUUUUUCUGACUGUGGAUAAAAUGACAUGAUCAGUCCUAAACGCCAAAUCAACAAUAUAUUGUGUUUGCACCCACGUGACCAUGAAGCAAGUAAUGUCCGCCAUGCUGUACAGUUAAACCAGGAGGUUACUGUUAACAUUUAAAUUUUCAUUUGUAUUCAUAGCACAAACCUAGUGUCAUAGGUUCGUUAUAGUUUAACCAACUAGUAUGGUACCUCAGUCAUCUGCAGAUAUCCUAUUUUUCUACUUAACUUAGAACAAUGAUCUCCGUGUUACACCAGCAGAUUCUGUCACGUAAAAUAGAUUUUAAGUUAAGACAGCCCACUGUCAAGACAACAUGUAUCUAUUCAACCACAAGACUGUUCUGUAAUGUUGUUUCGGAUAUAAU